AUCUCCGUCUCUUUUUCUGUAAGAUAUGGGGGACACAUCAUCAGAUAACCCACGGAGGAUGCUGGGAGGAGGCACUGAUCUGGGGACCGAGAUGAUAGAGGAAGUGGCUGCUCCUGGCCCCGAGGGUGAACAGCCCAUCCUGGCCACCUUCCACAGGAAACCUGAGCUGGGGGACAGAGCAGGAAGGAAUCAGACUUCGCCUCCACCAGUGACGGUGUUGAACCCUGGCUGGCCUGACCCAGAGGACAGUCCCAUUUCCAGGGAGCCAGGUCCACAAGUCCACUCAGACAGUGACUCAGGCCAGCUGCCAGAGGAUACUCAGGAUACCUCUGCUCAGGAUUCUGCAGCUCUGAGCAUGGACCCACCACGCCGGGACACCAGUCUCCCUGCAAAAUGGCCUGGGGUUUGGACCCUCCUGCAGCAGCUUCCUCCUCAGGACUGCGAUGAGCGCUACUGCCUGGCCCUCGGGGAAGAGGAGCUGGCAGAGCUGCGGCUCUUCUGUGCCCAGCGGAAGCAGAAGGCCCUGGGACAGGGGGUGGCUCGCCUGAUACCUCCUGAGCUUGAAGGACACACCUGUGAGAAGUGCAAGCAGCAGCUGAGGCCAGGAGAAGUUGGAAUAUUCGCAGCGCCCGAGGGUGAGCAGCACUGCUGGCACUGGCCUUGCUUUGUCUGUCAGGCCUGUGGCCAGGUCCUAAUGCAUCUCAUCUACUUCUACCACGAUGGGCAUCUCUACUGUGGCCGUCAUCAUGCUGAGUUGCUGCGGCCGCGCUGCCCUGCAUGUGAUCAGCUGAUCUUCUCCCGGCGCUGCACCGAGGCAGAGGGACGACGCUGGCAUGAGAACCACUUCUGCUGCCUGGACUGCGCCGGACCUCUGGCCGAGGGGCGCUAUACCCUGCCAGGGGGCAGCCCCUGCUGCCCCAGCUGCUUCGAGAGCCGCUACCCAGACACUGCCGGGGCAGCAGAGGGGCAGGCGCCCCGGGGUAAGGGAGCAGAAGGUGCCGAUCACAGCGGAAGGGGCAGAGACUGGGGCUUCUCCUGGGUCACGGUUCCCAUCCCGGUCCUCCGCCGGCCCAUCCCUCUAGCAGAGGCCCCCACCUGCUUCCACACCCCACAUCCGCACCUCGGGGGCCCGCAGCUCUCACCGCGCGUCCCGGGACGCCGCCCGAGUGCCCCC